AUGUGGCAACGACCACAGCAGUACCAGCAGCAAUGUCUUGGCGCCAGCUGUUCCCCCGAUCACGCCCAUCACUGCCAGGACCAUCUUCCCCAUUGCAACACCACCGUCGGUGCCAGUGGCACCCUGCGGAAAACUUCUCUGAAUCCGAAACGUUGCAAUCCACAAUCUACUUACCACUCUUACCCCCAUUUGCACUUCCCGCCCCCACCUAAUUACCCCCCGACGAACAACGCGCAAGAGCAGUACUCCCCUUCAACGUCAACCAUGGCCGAUGAUCAUUUUUUGGCACAGCCUGGGACGUCUAGUCAACCCGAUCCGCCUUGGCCUAGUAUGGACUAUUCGUACGCCUAUUACGAGCCCGGUCCGCCCACUAGGCAUACUAACGUGCCUAGUAAGUAUCCAGGGGCGUAUCGAGAGGGGUCUUAUAGGAGCAAUCAUACCUACCUGACGAGAUAUGGCACCGAAGAAAAUAUCUACGAAGAAAUCAGCGACCUGGCAAGACGCAGACGUCAAGCCCACCAGGACUCUAUAAUCUCCCUAAACCAAAGCCUAGUCGAAGAAGAGGUCCGUAGGGUCCAGCACGGCCACAGAAGAGUCCUGGGCGAGCUCAACCUCUCCGUCGAAGCCAUGUUGAUGCCCUCCAAUUCCCAAGAGGGUAGCGACGAUACAGAUCGCGACAACGAAAUGGACGACCAACUGGCCGACCUACUAACAGUCGGUCCUACGGACGAACUUCUCAGCCCGGCGCCCUUGGUGGACUUGGACAGCGGGUUCAGUGGUAGUUCUAGUGGUGCCAGUUACAGAAGUGCAGCGGGUAGUUUGAGACGCGGCCCUCCCGAGAGGGCUAAAAGUGCCGCGGGUUCUGCGUCGUACGCACCAAGGUGUUCCACGCCUGCGGAUACUUCUACCAAUAAAGGAUUUUGGGGUAAAAAGGCGUGGAAAAAGCUGGCGGCCUUUCCCAGCAAUAUUAGUCUCAAUAAAAGCAAAGAUGAACCCCGAAUUCGAUCAGGCACAUGGGAAGAACCGACAUGUGAACACAGAGUGGCGCCCCCGUUGGCCCACAAUCGAACCUUACAGCACACCGGUUCUCAGAGGAGUUCUGAGGAUAGCUGGUGUUCGGGAUCCGAACCAGAACUGUCUUCGGACGAGGAGAGCGAUCGUAGCGCGGCCUCCAGUAACAGAAGUAAUGGUCAAUUACGUAACACGCUGAAUAAGGCACGAACGUUGUGCGACAAGUGGAGGGGAAGUGGGGGCAUCGGUUCGAAUAAUAGACUGUCGCUGGACAGCUCCUUACCGGUGGACACUUCCCCCCAAAACCACGGCAGACUGUCGAGAUGGUUUUCCAUACGGAGAGGCAGCAACCACCAAUACGACAUAGAAAAUGCAGACGCCCAAAGAACCCCGACCAGUCAGAACAAAAUGCCCCAACUGCCCGAGGUGGAAGAAGAAACGGGAUUCCAUUUCUCCAGUUGCAAUUCCUCCCAAAGACGGCAGCUACCCCCCAGUUUACCCCAGCCCCCUCCUAAUUUAACCCCCUUACAGUUAAAGAGGAGGAUGAUCGUGUCCGCGAUUGUACAUAGUGAAAAUUCUUAUAUAGCAACUUUACAAAGGCUAGUAAAUGACUACAAGAAACCUCUGGAGGAGAGCAACCCGCCGGUAUUGAGCGGGUCGAAGAUCCAGACGUUGUUCCAUAGGCUGCCCGAAAUCUUACAGUGCCAUACCCUGUUCCGGAUCGCUCUGGCCGAGUGCGUUCGGAAUUGGGAUCGAGACGAGAAAAUCGGGGACGUGUUCGUCGCCUCCUUUUCCAAAGCCAUCGUUUUGGACAUCUAUAGCGGGUUUAUUAACAAUUUUUCCGUCGCCAUGGAUCUAGCGAAGAUGGAGGCCAAGAGAAAAUCGGCGCUAGCCGAUUUUUUGAAGGUGAAACAGAUCAGUUCACAUGAUCGAUUAUCAUUCUUCGGUCUAAUGGUGAAACCGGUGCAGAGAUUUCCGCAAUUUAUUUUAUUUUUACAGGAUUUGUUGAAAUACACACCGCACGGCCAUCACGACAGGAUGUCCCUCCAAUUGGCUCUGACCCAAUUGGAAUCGCUAGCCGAGAUGCUUAACGAAAGAAAGAGGGAAGCGGAGCAAUAUCAGGCGUUCAAAGAGAUGUUGAGGAAUAUAAGCGGGAAGUUUUCCGUGAGGCCGUUGUCCGACAGCAACAGGUACCUGUUGAGGGAGGAUAACGUUACGCAGCUGGACUACAGCCAAAACGGAAUGAUAACCAAAGCCAAAAGCCGCAGACUGCUCCUGCUCAACGAUCUAGUCGUCUGCGUGGCGGUGGGUUCGAAGUCGGCCGACGACUUCAGCAGCAACGAAAGACUGAGCCUCAAAUGGACUUAUCCGGUUUCGGACAUCGAAAUCCAGGAUACCAGCGCCUCGCCGACUCUAAGUCGCUUGUUGACGUCGCAGCAUCCCAAGAGCGGCAGCGUCAAAUCCAACGGAUCCUUUGACGGGACUCCGCCGCAGAACGCGAACAAUUUAGGCGCGGAGAUGAGCAAUUUGAUGCACGAUUACGAGGUCAUGAGUAGGAUCAACGAUUUGGCAGGCCAACUCAAAGGCGCCUACAAGGACGUGAAUCUCGACAACACCCGCAAAAUCUUGCAGCAAAUCCAAACCUCCAUUCAGCAAAAGGACGAAGAAAUGGCUUGGAUGGACUCCUGUUGUUUGCAGCUGGUCGUUCGCACCAAAGGCAAAGAGGAGAUUUACACCUUCCAGACGGACAAUCCGAAUAUCAAGAAGGAAUGGAUCACGGAACUGAGAUUGGCGCAGUUGGCGCUGGAUCCUAAUAACUCGCCCGCUUGGGAAGUACCCGAGCAGGAGCAGAGACCGUCGACUAAGAUGCCGCUAUUCGUAAAGUCGCAGCCUGUUUAUAUGUCACAGCAUCAAACCGAAGUACGCUGUGGUUGUUACUACACUGUAACUUUACCGAAAACAGCGAAAAGAAGGAACCGGGUCCAAAAUUACUUGUGGAUUUGCACGACUGACGGCGCCAGUAGUCACAUAUCCGUACUGGCGCAGCACCACCAGCAAGCUGGAGUGUUAAAAGAUUUGGUUUCAUUCUCGUUGGUAGAAACGCAAAUCACUGCCAUGGAAUUCGUCAAAGGUUCUCCUCCUCCCUGUCCCAAUCUAGCGACUGAGACCGUGUGGAUAGGCACCGAUAGGCACAAAUUGUUGCUGUACGCCGCCGACGAACCUGAAAAACAGGAAGAAAUAGCCAAUACGAUCGUUGCCGACGUCAUAAUGCAAAUUAAAUAUCACUGUGAUAACGUUUUCGUUGCCUUAGCCAACGGAACACUUUGUGUAUAUAGGAAGAGCCCCAUUGAUGGGGCUUGGUUGAUGCAGGAACCGCAAAUUUUGACAUUAGGAACUGACCCAGUUUCCUGCCUCCUGCCCAUCAACCUCUCUCUUUACGCCGCCUGCGGCAAAAAAGUUUGGGUGCUGAACGGCGUCACGGGCGACAUCCAGAAGAACUUCAGCAUCCAGCACGAAAAUUUGGGUAACGUGAACUUAAUGGCGCAUAGCGGGAUCGGCUUGUGGAUAGCGCAGAAGAAUUCCAGCACCAUAUGUCUGUAUCACACCGAAACGUUCAAGCAUUUGCAGGAUAUCAACAUAGCGUCGAUAGUGAUGAGGAUCAAUGGGUCGUUGGGGCCCAGGGAUUCCUUGAAUAACAAUAAUAAUCGGGCUUUGGUGUACGUGACUGCAUUGUUAGCUUGUAAAGGAUUAUUGUGGGUUGGUACCAACGUGGGCAGAGCCCUAACGAUACCGCUUCCGCGUCUGGAAGGAGUACCGAUAAUCAGCGGCAGAGUCAACAUCUCCUACCACGCUCACUUCGGACCGAUCUCCUUCCUGUUGGCCCUCCAACCAAAGAUUUUCACGCCCAUCAAUCCCUCGCUGAAAGCCAGCAAAGAGGAAAUCAAACCGGAAUCGGAAAGCCUGGAUAACAGCUUCGCAGAUAAGCCCGAGGAAAGUCCCAAUAGACCCAAGAUGGAGAAGCAGCUGUCCGAUAGUUCAGUGCAAAACGUGGCGUCUAAGUUGAAAUACAUGGCUAGCAGUCCGGUCGUAUUGAGGAAGAGGAGGAGUAAGGAAAGUGAUUUGGCGAGGAUGUCUAAGACUUUACCAAGGGGUCUAGGAAACGGCGGAUCGAUCUUCUCGACCUCCAGCACAUCGUCCCAGAGCUCAGGAGACACCAACAACGUCUACGGCCUCUACAGCGAACUGAUGUACGUCAAAGACUAUGAACGCGAAGAAAACAUCCUCACCGAUCCGGUUUACGAGUCGUUAAGACGCAGCGAUCCCGAAUUAGCAGCCAUACCGAACAAAGUCAGCACCUUGGACAGGAGGCUUAAAAUGAAGGUAUCCAGACCGCGAUCAUUGGAUUUAUCCAAUUGGUCAGUGGAUUCGAGAUCUUCCAGUUUGUGCACGUCUUCGGGAAGCGAGGAGAGCAUGGCGAUACGUUUAAACAACUUGGCGAGGAGCGUGUCGAGAAACAACUCCAGCGCCUCCAGGCAGCUGAACGGUGUCAGCGAGAACUGCGCAGGUGGCGGUACCAGUGUCGAAAAAGAACCGCAAUCGCAAAUCGCGGAAAAGGACAAAAGUAGGACAUUAAGUAAGAGCAAAAACAAGAGUAGUAAUUUCGAUAACGGGCGAAGGACUGUCAUAACGCUGAUGGGCGGGAGGGGGUACGUGAAUUACCGACAGCCGUGCUGUGCGGCCGAUAAAGUGAAGCCCGUUUGUGCCGGUAAAGAGGCGAACUGUAACGACGCUCACAUUGUUAUAUGGGAGUUGAAAUUGUGA